CUCCUCUCUUCCUCCACACCACACCGCAGGGAGAGAACGGAGAGAGAACACUGGAGAGAAAACGAGAAAGAGAGAGAGAGAAGUGAGACCCAGACACACACCGAGAGAGAAAGAGAAAUUAAAGAAAGUGAGAGACAAACAGUGAAGGUGUCGGAUCUCCUCCUUGUGGUAUGCCUUGAGUACUGACGACCAAAACUACCACAACUUUAACCGCCUCUACCACAACAACCACAAUCGCUACCACCACACAAGUUAUGUACGUGAUAGAGUAAGGCCUCAUGUGCGUUUUGAGCCCCGUGUACACCAGCUAACCCGUCUGUGUGCGUCUUUAUGUGUACCUAAAAGUGCUUGUGUGUGUGUGUACGUGAGUGUGAACAAGAUUGGAACAGGAAGGAAAGAAAUUAAGGAGAGAAAAAGAGAGAGAGAAAGGAGGGUUUGAGAUUCCUCCUCUUCUUCCUCCUCCUCCUCCUCCUCUUCGUCUUCCUCCUCGUCCUCCUCCUCCUCCUCUUCCGAGAUGUCUCCAGGAGUUCCUCAAGACACAAGCCUUUUGGAUUUGCACUCUGAUGGAUCCUCCAGCAUGCUGCGGCGUCGGGACUCCGCGCGAGAAUCAGCCAUCGACCAGCGGGCAGUGGGCGGCCACCUCAGCCUCUCCAAACGGAACUCCACGCCCGUAGGAACACUGGGCUUGGGCGUGGUCGGGCGGCUCAACAGUAGCAGCGGCAGCGUCAGUAGCAGUAGCAGUACCAGUAGUAGCAGUGGUGAGCAUCGGCGUCUGGACCGCUGUCACUCCGAGCCUGUGAAGAGCGGGAACUCGUCGCGGUACAAGACGGAGCUGUGCCGGCCCUUCGAGGAACACGGUUUCUGCAAGUACGGCGACAAGUGCCAGUUCGCCCAUGGUUCCGCGGAGCUCAGGACCCUCAGCCGGCACCCCAAGUACAAGACGGAGCUGUGCCGGACGUUCCACACCAUCGGGUUCUGCCCCUAUGGUCCGCGGUGCCACUUCAUCCACAAUGCCGAAGAGCGACGCGGACCAACUGGAUCUUCCCCGCCCAUGUCCUCCUCCUCUUCCUCCUCCUCCUCUCCUCGCCAGAACCUCCUCACCAUGGGGUUAGGCCUCGAGACCAACGGAAAUGGGUCAUGCCCAACCUCCAGUUCAGAUUCCAUGUCCCCCAGGUCACAUACCUUCCCCAUGGGGCUUGGUCUGGACACCCACGGAGCGAACACACACAAUUCCAGCCCCGGGCCGCUCUCACCACGGGUCCUGUCCAUGGGGUUAGGACUUGACGGCCACGGGGGAGGCAACCAGAGCAGCCCCGUGCCGAUGAUGGGUCUGGGGCUGGGUCUGGGUUCUACGGCGGAGAGUCCAUCCCCACCGGCGUCACUCCACGGGUCACCCACGGGGCCGUCCGCAUUCUUCGACGAUGCCUUCACGCUGUUCCCCGGUGGUCGUGCCGCGCGGGGGCUCCUCGAGGGUCUGUCCGCGGGGCUGCAUGGUCUGGCCUGUACCACCGUGUCCCCCCCCGGGUCUGCCCCCUCCCCCGCGGCCCCCUCCCCCGGUGGGUCCCUCCCCGGGCUGGAUACCCCCCCAGUGAGCCCCGUGGAGAGCCUCGCCGGUGACCUGGACUCCCUCUCCCUCUCCUCCUCCUCCCACUCCACCUCCCCCACGCCGCACGCACUCACGCACGCACACGCCCUGGAGAUAUCCCGCUCCCUCCGCCUCCCCAUCUUCGAGCAGCUCUGCGAACACGACUAAGGGAGCCAUUCUGUACGCGGUUUUGCAAUGACCCUAACCGCCAAUCUGUACGCGGUUUUUCAAUGGCCCGAACCGCUUAUGUGUGUUACUUUACAAUAGGGCCAAUCUGUACGCGGUUUUUCAAUGGCCCAAACAACCAUUCUGUACGCAGUUAGCCUACGGCCUUACCAUGCUACUUCCCAAUAGGGCCAAUCUGUACGCGACUGUUCAGUGGCCCAAACCGCCAAUCUGUACGCAGUUUAUCUAUGGCCUUAUCUCCCCUAGACGUUAAUAUAUAAGCUAUAUCCCAAUAGGGCCAAUCUGUACGCGGCUUUUCAACGUCCCUGACCGCCAAUCAGUACGCAGUUUAUCUAUGGCCUUAUCUCCUCUUAGCCGCCAAUCUGUACGCACUCCUUAUUUGUAUGUAUGUAUGUGUGCGUGCCAAUGAGUACGCACUUUUUGAAUGGGAAUUACGACGGCCUGCGCCAAUUUGUACGCGAAAAUAGCCCAGUAAAUAGUUAACUUAUACUUAAAUAGCCCGACUCAAUGCUAUUAUUAUUACUAUUAUUAUUUAUUAUUAUUUUAUUUAUUAUUAUUAUUUGCUUGUAAUUUCUUGAGCAAUUAUCAAGAAAUGGACAAAACGAAGAUAUAUUAUCAUUAUUAUUAUUAUUAUUUUUAUUACGGAGUGUCUGUACAACGCUUUCAAUAUUUAUGUUAUUUAUUAUUUAUUAAAGGACGAGAGAGAGAGAGAGAGAGAGAGAGAGAGAGAAAUGAGAAGGCUGUAAAUAUUGAAGGAGAGAGAGAAAGGAAGGUAGAGGAAAGAAAGACUAUUAAAAGGAAGAGAAAGAAAGUGAAUUAAAAAGGAAAGAAAGAAAGAAAGAAGAAAGUGAAUUAAAAGGAAGAGAAAGGAAGGAAGGAAGGAAGGAGGAUAGCGAAAGAUAUAUAAAGGAGAGGAAAUAAUUAAGAAAAGGAAUGAAGGAAGACUCGAUUUAUAUAUAGAAUUAUUUUAAUGUAAUAUAACUUACUAUUUUUCUACUACUACUACUACUACUACUACUACUUCCACUACCACCCAAAUUACAGCUACUACAAUCAUUACUAUUACUACUACCACUACUACUACUACUACUACCACUACUACUACUACUACCACUACUACAAUAUAAAUCAUGUAUAUUCAAAGGCUAAUGCUAUUAAUUUAUAUAUAAUUUAAUUUUUAUACCCAUUAUUUAAAAAGGAAGAAAAUAGUAAUAAUAAUAAUAAUAAUAAUAGUAAUAAUAAUAUAAAUGCUGCUAAUUAUUAUUAUUAUUAUUAUUAUUAUUAUUAUUAUUAUUAUUAUUAUUAGCUAGUAGUGUAAUAUUAGUAAUUGUCUAUUUAUUUCAAAGUAUUCUAUUAUUAUUAUUAUUAUUAUUAUUAUUAUUAUUAUUAUUAUUAUUAUUAUUAUUAUUAUUAUUAUUUGUUCGUAUGUUUGUGUUUUUUUGUUAAACUUUUAUUUUUUAUUUUUUUCCUCCCUUCCUCCUCCUCCUCCUCCUCCUUCUCUCUCUCUCUCUCUUAUUUCCUCCUCCUCCAUUUCAUUCUUUUUCUCUCCCUCCCUUUCCUCCAUCUCUUUCUCUCUCCCUAUCUUUCUCUCCUUUCCCUUCCCUUCCCUUCCCUUCUCCUCCCCUUCCCUUCCCUUCCCUUCCCUUCUCCUCCCUUCCAUUCCCUUCCCUUCCUUUCCCUUCCCUUCUCCCUUCCCUUCCCUUCCCUUUCCUCCAAUGCAUGUAUACACAGUAGUAUACAUAAAUUUAUACAUAGAUCAAUAUUAUUACACACACACACACACACACACACACACACACACACACACACACACACA